AAUAUUUCGUUUUCACACGGGAUAGAAGACAAGUAUAAGGUGAUUGGCAUCUAAUCAAUUUGGAUUUAUGUUAAUUCCAUUAAUUGUUGCAAUAAUUUUUAAUUAAGCCCACUACAUGUUUGUCAAUUUUUCUGACUCAGAAAGAGAUGAGCUUGAAUGUGACGUUUCAUGCUUCUAUUAUACACCAAGUUCUCUUUCUUUUUUAACUACAAAGUUGUUAGUAUUAGUCUUGAAUGUUUUAGUCGUAAAGUCUUUCAUAUUUUUUUCUGCAAUAUAUCUACUUGUUGAGUGAAAAAAAGAACUUGUGACUCUGAUCAUUUCUAUAUCAUUUGAGUAUUAAUUAUAGUUUUUGAUAAAAAUUAUCUCUUUAGUUUGUUGUUUCUCUAGGUGGGCUUUUGUGUCGAGGUAGAGGUGAGUUUUGCGACAGUUAACUAGUUUUGGAAAAAUUAGGAUUUCAAACACAAAUAUAGGAUUUAGGGUGAAGCUAGUGGGUUCUACCGAACUCGUAGACAGGUUUGUAGCUGAGAUAUUGAUGAAUGGUGGAAGUGUUAAUUACUAGUUAAUAAAUCUUGGUAGAAAGUAGAUUUUAGUCUACUUCCGUGUCGAGAAGUUCAGGGAAUGGAAAUGGAGGGAAGAGGAUAUUCAGAUUUCUAUAGAAACACAAGUGAAGAAUUGUUCAUAAGAACUAUGAUGGACAACUCAGUAGGAGGAGUGCCUGUUCCUACAAUGGAGAUGUUGGGUUUUAGAAACAUCUCUCAUUCUCUUCGAACCGAUAGUGAGGAACUUUUCAAAAGCUGGCUCACAAGUGCAGAGAAUAAUGGCAGUGAUUCUACACCAAUGGCUCAGCGUGCUCGACAAGCAUCACGAAGGAUCUCCAGUGAACUUGCUGGUCUAUCUAGUCAGCAAAAUGAGGGGAUUCAGAAAAGAAAAAUAGCCGAUACUCAACAGCCACAGAAUACAUGUAUUGCCAUUGAAUCAUCUAGCAACCUUAACCAACAUUCAACCAGGAAUGUGACAGAUAGGGAAAUGCAAGCUAGUAAUCUGUUUUUAGCCAAGACCUGGUUCCAUAGUUCUCAGCCCAUGACGAGAAGUCGUUCAUCUGAGUUAAGGAGGAGGUAUGCAGCCAUGCAAAACUCACAGUCUUCACUAGCUCGUGAAGCCUUGCAAAAUAUACCUGGAAAUGCUAUUAAUAACUUCAAAGAAGAAGUUUCUGAUCCCACUGGGUACACUGACAUGUCAAUGUGUGAAAUUACCAACCAACCUAAUACUUUUAUGUCUCCAUCAAAUUCAUCUUCAUCAACUUUUGAAGCACAGCAAGUGGAUGGUGCGGAUAAUAUUUCUUCUGUUGUAAGCAUGCUAAAGGGGACCUUAGAGCGGAAGAAAUUGACAAACUAUCAUACUGCGAGGGAAGCCAUUGAGGAGAAUAUGUUGGGGUGUUAUGGUAAUCAAGAAGUCUUUUGUAACUCCAGCAUGAAUCAACAUCCGGGGAAUCAUAUUUCUCUGAAUCAAGGGACAUAUCAGGACGCAUCUGUUGUUCAAGUCAGAGAUACGGGGAUUCCACAAACAGUUCAAGGGUCAUUAGAUGCCGUCUUAGAAAGUAUUAUGGCUCCCUCAAACCCAAUCCAGAUAGACAUGGUAUCACAGGAACCUUCUCAAAGUGGAUCUUCUGUUGCAGCACCAAUAAUUUCGAUCGAUUUUGAUGCAUAUGAUGGCCUGAGCAAUGCAAGUCAAGCUUUCAAUGUGUACGAGGGUUCUAGAAAUCAAGUUGGAUAUGGAAGGAGCUCCGAAAAUGGUUCAACUGCUAGAGAUAUUAGAGAACGAAUAUAUGAUAACAUGAAGGACAACCAAAAGAAAGAAGGUUUAGUUCGAAAUGGAUCUUUGACAUCAGUACAAUCAGCGGAAAAUGGAGAUCCUAAGAAGAAGCGAAGGGUGGAGCGGUCUCGGAAAAUGGCAGAAGCCAAAGAGAGAAAUUUAACACCAGCAAUUCCUUCAGAUAUGCAAUCCCUUAUGAAACGCUGCGAGAAUCUGGAGAAGGAAGUUCGUUCACUUAAACUUAAUUUGGCGUUUAUGAAUAGAAAGGAUUCAGAACAGACUACACAAAUUGAAGAGCUGCAGAGGCAGAAUGAGGAUUUGGUCAAGGAAAAAGAGCGCCUUCUUGGAGAAAUCGAGAGGAUCAUUUCAGAAUCUGGAAGGUUUUAGCUACUGUUGCUAUUUAGCAGCUUCAAACGUGCUUCUUUAAGAGGUCCUAUGGGGUUGCUACAAGCAUAGGAAAGUAGGUUGAAUUCAACUCAAUGUUUCAUGUUUUCAGUUUGUAAUCCAAAUCUCAAGUGACAAGUAUAUUUAAAGUGGCAGAAAUCUACAGUCUCAUAUAGACAAAAUCAAAAAAAUUGUGAUGAACUUGUAGGAUGCUUCUGUAUGAAUUUCUUAGUCUCAUCUUCUUCUCUGCUAAUAUUUUGAAAAUUUUCAAAUUCUCCAUCAGUAUUCUUUGUGCUCAUUCUUUAACAAUAAAAUCUCCUAACUGAUCAACUAUUUUCCUUUCA